ACAUAGCUAUAACCCAAGAACCCCGUAGGCGACAGUCGCAUACUAAAGGUACGUCCAUCCGCUUCGACACGUCACUCACGCUAACGGGAGCUCGUGGGAGUGUUUCCCCUGGUCUAUUCAGAUAAGGCACGUUCCGUGGUUUGGAAGUGUUCAUAUACAUGCAUGCAGGUAAGCGCUGACAAGUCGGUGACGAGGUGCCAAGCCUGGAAUUCAACGCUGAUUUCGGAGGGUUCACUCGUAUCGGUUGCCCACGGGAGGAAGGCUCGUACUAAUCAUCGGUUGAGCACGCUAGGUGCGUGAUUGCUGGGACGAAUUUGACUUGGAAACACGGUCUUGCCCGAUUGCGGAUUCCACAGAAGGGAUACCGUAGCAGGCGGUCACCAGAAUGAACACUGACUACUACGUGUCAUCGAAUUCUUAAACACUGUAUUGCUUAGUGGCUGCGGUCCACUUACACCACUACUUUGACAGACAGCAACUAAACUUUUACCGAUUCCAGAUACAAACCCAGCUGCUUAUCCGUGGGCUACGCCGCGUCUUGCAUACCGGACCGGACUGUUGCCGGGGAUUCUAACCUAAUAUCGCCGGUUUGUCGACCGUAACUCUAUCCAGUGCCAACCAGCUGAGCGAUUGAAAUCACAAUCUACGGACCUCAUUUUCUUCCAUUCUCUCUUUCUCUCUGUUGCGAAGCUCUGGGAGAAACCGUCGAGUCGAAAGAGACAAGCAAACACGGAGAAUGUGCAAUCCUGUCGGAUAAAGUACACUAGCGAUAGAAGCCGGCUCUUUCCACCAUAACGUAUACGCUCUGUCUGCCUCUGAUGAGCCGCCCGUGCCGUGGCCUGUCGGCUGUGUGUUAUUACGUGACUCCAAUGCAGUGAUUCUGCAUGCCACGAAAUCUGAAACUUACAUUAACUUGGAUAUUUUUUUUAAAGUGUGAUUCGAAGCUUUGCUGAGCUGAAGACGAGAGCGCACAGAUGACACGUAGAAAACUGUAGAAAAUCACACAACCUUCGAAAAGGACAAAAGUGCUCUACCUGUGAUUCGCUCAAAUUGGAGGAUUGGAUGGUAUUGAAAGUGCAUGUGGUAUUCUAACGGGAAUUGCAUGCCGCACCUGUUUUGAUUGCUUCGACUUUCCUUGAAGCAAUUACGUUCACUGCGUAAAUAAAAGGUGCAUGUAGUACUUCUUCCCAACUGCCACUAUGCAUUCCCGCCAUUUUCAACCGCUCGUCCAAGCUGCAGUCUGUGCCGUACUGUUCCAGCAGCUCCUCUUCACCCCACCGGCCACCUGGGCAUUGCGGACGUCAUCGGGCUCAUCACCCGGACGUAACCGGACUCCCAUCUACAUCGCCGGGUUCUUCCCGUUCAGCGACACAUUCAACGACAUGCUGGUCAACUCCACGGAGAUCGCCAUCGACCACGUGAACGAGUUCGAGGACCUUUUGACGGACUACGAGCUUCGGAUGGUCUGGAACUGGACCCAGGUGGAAGACGAUGUUUCUGCAGCCCCUUUCCUGAAAGUAUUCUACGACUUCAUUUACAACAAUCCCCAGUUCCUGAUGACGUGGGGCCCUGUGUAUUCCCGCGUGGGUGAGGUCCUGAACGAGGUGGUCAGGCGCUACAACUUGGUGCAGGUUUGCAUCGCCCAGUUUGUCUCCGACGAGAGACACCUUGAGAAGUACCCGUUGACCGUGCAGAUCUACCCGAGCUCCGGGGUCUUCAACCCCGCCAGGAUUGUCCUCUUGAAACAGAUGGGAUGGAAGAAAGCGGCCAUCAUCUUCCAGAACUAUAACCUGUUUCGUGCGGGAAUGGAAGAGUUGGACAGGCUACUGAAGGAGAAUGGCCUCAUAACGACAACGUUGGAGGCUAUCACCGGCAGCGACCCCAGCGCUAACGUAGACAACCUCCAGAAACACGACGCCAGGAUUAUUUUCGGCAGUUUCUACCAGGAAAUGGCGACUCGAGUAUUUUGUGAGGCGUACCGGAAGGGCUACUACGGGCCCAAGUACGUCUGGAUCCUGCUGGGGUGGUACAGCCCCGUCCGCUGGUGGGUGCAGGAGAUCGAGAAGUUCAAAGCUAGUGGCGUGGACAUUUGCACGGUGGAAGAGGUAGAGAAGGUGGUCAUGGGUUCGCUCAGCAUCAGGGGAUUCGAGAUACAGCAGGACAUGUCCCUUAUUAACUUCAAUGGCGUGCGCCCUCUAGAGAAGCACCUAGGAUACUACGCCUUCUUGCAGGAUCAGCUGCUGACGGCCGGCGCCUGCGACUCGUACGGCUACGACCAGAUCGUGACCAUCGCCUUGGCCCUGAACGCCUCCAUCCAGACCCUCGCCCAGAUGGACCCACCGCGCCGGCUGGAGGACUUCACCUACGGCGACGCCGAAAUGGCCCAAGUGUUCAGGGAGCAUACACGGUCGGUGGACUUCGUCGGACUCACGGGACGGGUGGCAUUUGACGAGUACGGAGCUAGGGAGAGCGACGCUGUGGUCCAACAAAUACGAGAUGUUCCCGGCACCAUCAAGCAAAUUUUCACGUACGACGGAUCGACGGAGAAUGUGAAACCCAUCUCGGAAUUCGUUUGGGAAGGUGGUUUCCGGCCCGUAGACGGACCGACGUUCACUAAGACUCACCUGCAGAUCGAGCAGAGCAUCAAGAUUGUCGUCUUCGUCUUAUCCGGCCUCGGCAUGGCUCUUUCAUUGGUGUUCCUCAGCUGUAAUACUUACUUUAAAAACCGCAGUGCCAUCAAGAUAUCCAGCCCGCAGCUGAACAACAUGAUAGCGCUGGGCAGCAUCCUCCUGUACGCCUCCACCUUCCUGUUUGCACUCAAGAUGGAGGUGAAACAGGGAGACUUUAACGGCCGGAUCUACUGUCAGUUAUCGUCAGCUGCGCUGUGCAUCGGCCUGUCGCUAGCCUUUGGCGCCCUUUUCAUGAAGACUUACCGAAUUCACCACAUUUACACCAGUGCCAUGAAAGUUCGCAAAGUGAGAGCCACCAUCACCGACUCCAAACUGAUGACGUCAAUCGGAUUCUUCGUCCUAUUGGACGUCCUGAUCUUCGUUGCCUGGAUACUGGUGGACCCCAUUCACAUUCAGACGGUCGAAUUGGACCCUGUGCUGCGAGACGAGCAAACCGAAGAGUACGAGGUUCCCACGCUGUCCUACUGCACCUCGGACCGGGAGCUGUACUUCGCCAUCGCCAUCUUCGCCUACAAGGGCGCCCUCUUGAUCUUCGGAAUCUUCCUGGCUUGGUCCACCCGCAACGUCCGCAUCAGCCAGCUGAACGACAGCAAGCACAUUGCUCUGUCAGUCUACGCCGUGGGGCUAACCUGCGUCCUGACCGUCCCCGUGGCCUAUUUCAGCCACGCCCGAGGCGAGAUCAACUUCGUCUUUGCCUUCGUCAGUGGCGCCCUCUUCGUCGCCAACACGGUCAUGCUGUGCCUCGUUUUCAUUCCCAAGUUUAUCUCUUUAAAAACCACGGAGGGAGCACGAAUCAACACAUUUAUGCCGUCCAGUAACUUUACUAUCAGCCAGGACAAGCAGGCGAACAUCAGCAGAUUAAAACAGCUACUAGAAGAGAAGAAUGCCCAUUUGGAAGCGCUCAUGAAACAACUGCAGAAGCUGGCAUCCGCAGAACUGGUACCCUGAGCUUAAAAAUGAGGCUUAAAUUCAACGGAUACUGACCCGCUGUCGAGGCAGGAGAUCCAAAUCGAGGCUGAGUUUAGGACUACUAUGGGCCUACACGACACCGAGGCUGAGUUUACACGACACCGAGGCUGAACGUACAGGCAAAUACGCAUAGAGUAUUACGUCGUCGCAUGGCGCCAGGUGCUAUAUCACCUAAUAUGUAUAGGCAGAUUUUAUGUUAUCUAACUUUUUGGACUUGAAUGUUCUGAAUUUUCACUCAGUUUUUCACUGAGAAAAGUCAGGAUUAAGAGACGCUUUCUGAGCACAGGAAUUCACUUUCUUACCGAUACCGUGCACAAGUAUAUUUAGAAAAGAACCAGACGUAGUACAGCAUACACAAGACACAUGUGAAGCUUAAAAGAGUUGAUUCAAAACGUAUCAAACUUUUAAUUACGAAAGUAAAGUUGGUAAGUGAUUUCGUGUAUACAGCAAUACGCAGCUUUAGUUUUUUAGCCCUGAAACCGAACUCCAUUCAUGCAAACUGUUUGGGCCACUAUAAUUAUCGCGUCGUCGAAGAAAGUGUCGAUCUUUUUUUUAAGAUUUCGUUAUUUUCGGUGCAUUUUCGUUUAAUAGCUAGAUAUUUAGCAACCAAUCCUAAGUAAAGGAAAACAUUUUUUUAAUUUUUUAACAUUCCUGGAUAAUGCAUAGCCUGUAAAAAAGUUGAAUUGUAAUACCCACUCAGAGACAACAGUACGGGCCUAAACGUCUUGCUCAGUUAUGUUGCCUUCACAUUUAAAAAAAAUAAAAAAAACUAUAUGAUGUGCACGAGAUGACACGGGUUUACGGGUUUUAUCAUGUUUGUCUGUUCUUGUUUAUAAAAAAUAACCGUGCACAAUACUGAUUAAGUAAAGAUCACUAACUGUUAAUUUGAAGUAGAUACAAUCUGCACGUAAUAGGUUUCAACGCACGUUACCACAUAUAGAUGUCUUUGUAAUAAAUCGUGAAGGAAUAACCUCGGUAUAAAUACUGUAAUAGGACGGCAAAUUAAGACGAAACAAGACUAGGGAAUACGGGUCACGUGAUAUGCUCGACAGUUAUACAUUAUUAAUGUAUCUUGUCGUUUUGUAGGUGUUAUUUUGUUGAUAUUUGUGAAGACAUGUUUUGCCAUUUAAAUUCAGUUACAUGACAGUCAAAGCAAUUCAAUGCAUAUAACUUACACAGAACCUCGGACUGUAUUAAUUGAAGAUAUUUAAAUAGUCUAGUUUGUGUAUUCUUACUGCAAAGUUUUUUUUAUUUCCACGAAUAAAACAAAUGGUAAUCACGUA